AAGGACAUCAUCUCAUGUCCACGCCAUCAUAAGGGUAUCCCCGAUCAGCAUCUCGAAAGCUUGGAACUCCGAUGUCCCCGCAGACUUGAUGACAUCUGAUCAAGCUGUACUCGAGCUUGCAGCCGGUCUUCACCUGGCGGUUUUGAGAUUCUAGGAGGAUGUGGAAGGUUCCAACAUGCUACAACGAUAUACGCGCAUGUCGUUUUGUCUUGGUCCUCAAACAGGUGGGAUUAGAGAAGCAGUCAGCGUCAAUGCGUCUGAUCCAGAUCGUGAUUGGCGAUCAGGGUUGGUACCUCUUCCCGCAGGAGGGCACUGGGACAAGAUGUGCCCAGUGGCCGGUUGUUCUGCCUCUAUUGCUGAUGUACUGCAUAUCCACAACGCCCCUCCAAAGUUGUUUCUAUGCGCGUAGCUGCGACUCACAAAAUUAUCUUUCCGCAUAUGGAGCUAUCGUUCACUGACUGGUGGAGGUACAGUUUC